AUGUACAAAAUCUUAACAAGACAUGUUCAUUUCUUAACAUUAUUUUUACCUGAACAAUUUCUUAAACGUGAUGCUGAUCAAGAUUGUAUAUUUGUUCUUUUACUUAUACAUCGUUUAAUAUCGAAAUGUGAUUUAUUAAUAAAUGAAAUACAAAAAAAAUUUCCAAGAAUUGAUCAAUUAAAUUUUGAUGAUGUUGUUAAAUCACAUCGUGCAGAACAAUGGAGUUUUGCAUGUAAACUUUCACAAUCAUUAUCAAUUUUUCAAAUGACUCUUCGAAAAUUUGUCAAAGCAAUGGAAGUAUGUGAUCCAGAUGUUCUUCGUCAUAUAGCUAGUACUUAUCAUGUUUUAUUAACCCAUGAAAAAUCACUUGAUUUUCUUAUUGAUCUUUUACAAAAAGAUCAAUUACAUGAUUCAUUAUCAUUAAAUGCAUUAGAUAAAACAAUAUCAUUCUAUAAACACAUCUAUAAAAGUUAUUUAAGUCAAGAAAAAUUUUCUAUGUCGAAUUAUAUGCGAGAUUUAACACGUGUUGUAUUAUUAAGUAGUGAUUCAUUGCAAACAGAUAUUCAACGUAUACAAGUUUUACAAAAAGAAAGUGAACAGCCUGAUAAUGAUCAAAGUCCAUUUGCUGUUCUUGUUAAUCAGCUUAUCGAAAGCAAUGAACAAAUGCGAGCUCAAGUUGGCAAAAUAAAUCGUCUUGUACCACAAGACGAUGAUAAAAAUCGUUCAUUAACUCUCGAUUCAAAUAGUAUAUCUUCAAUUGAAUCAGCUAUUCGUAAUUUAGAUCGUUUAACAAAAACAUUUCAUGAAAUAUGUUCUGGUUUAACAACACAAAUUCUCUUACUUUCUGAUGCUAAUGAACGAAUAAACACACAAGAUAUAGAAAAUAUAGCAUAUCAAGCAUGUGAUAAAGUCUAUAAAAAAGAAGAUAGUGGUCCAUAUGAAAGUCUUUGGUAA